UAUAUCUAUUUACAAAUUCAGGACCAAGUUAGCUUUCAGCCUCCUUUUUUUCAUCACGGAACGAUCAGAUAUAAUUCCUCACAAUUGACAUGAACCACGUUGUGAGAGAAGAUCUUUACAGAGCAUUGAAUGAACUCCUUGAGAAGCAAUUUGAAGAAUUUAAAUGGAGGCUAAAAUGUAUUGACUAUGAUGGAAAGCCACACAUUCCUACAGCUUCAUUGGAGAACGCUAAUCGAGAAAACAUUGUAGAUCUCAUGAUUCACUUUUAUGGAGAAGAUGCUCGAAAGGUGUGCAUUCAGGUCCUUCAAAAAAGCAACAUAAACGAUGUUGCUAAAAAACUUGAAGAAACUCUGCAGAAAGUUGCAGAUGUUGAUGCUCACCAAUUGCCAGAUUCAUCAGAUUACAGAAGCCAUGUUAAAAAAAAAUUUCAAAGAAUGGAAGAUCCUAAUUCUAUUCCUGGUGAAUACGUGCCCCUAAACCAGAGAUACUCAAAACUAAUCAUCCUAGAUUAUCACCGGUCUGAAGAGGAGAGAGAAGAUGAAAUUAUGGCGACAGGAAGGAAACAUGCUGAAAUCAUCAGCAAGAGAGCCAAGUCUUCCACCAGCAUGGAAACAUUAUUUAACCUGGAUAAACAUGGACUAGCUCCACAAGUUGUUGUGUUGCAAGGAGCUGCAGGCAUUGGAAAAACCACAAUGGCAAAAAAAAUCAUGUUUGAUUGGGCUUCUCAACAACUUUACCAGGACAAAUUUAAUCACAUUUUCUAUAUUUACUGUAGAGAGAUGAACCUCCGUGCAGACUCAGAGAAGAGUAGCAUUGCAGAGAUAGUUUCAAAACAAUGUCCCAACACUCAUGCAGUGGAAAAUGUCAAUCGAAACUUAGUGAAGAAUGUGGAAAAGCUUCUGUUCAUAAUUGAUGGGUUUGAUGAGUUAAGGUAUUCCUUUGAUCAGUCUCAAGACUAUUUUUGCACUGAUCCCUGGAAGAAGGAGCCAGUGAGAAUUCUUUUGAGCAGUUUAUUUCAAAAAAAGCUUCUUCCCAAAUCCUAUCUUAUAAUCACAACAAGACCAACUGCUUUGGAGAAGCUCCAUCGAUGUUUAGAGCACCCACGUUAUUUUGAGAUCUUGGGGUUUUCUCCAAAGGAAAGGGAAGAAUAUUUCUACAAUUUUUUUGAAAAUAAAGACCAAGCAGCUCAAGCUUUCAGAUUGGUUAAGCAAAAUGAUACACUUUUUACCAUGUGUGUCAUUCCCCUUGUGAGCUGGAUUGUCUGCACAGUGAUGAAACAAGAGAUAGGGAGAGACAAGAAAUUCCAGAAGACCCCGUACACCCUCACUGCAAUCUAUAUGCUGUAUCUCUCCAGCCUGUUAAAGUUUCACCAAAAAAAAUCCAAGCAGGAUGUCCAGACAAAUGUGAAAGGCUUGUGCUCUUUGGCUGCAGAAGGAAUCUGGAAACGGGAAAUCCUGUUUAUGGAAGAAGAAGUCAAGAAGCACAGCUUAGAUCAGGAAGACUCCCUCCCCCUCUUUCUGAAUCAGAACAUCUUCCAAAGAGACAUUGAUUGUAUUCAAACCUACAGCUUCAUUCACUUAAGCUUCCAGGAGUUUUUUGCUGCUUUGUUUUAUGUUCUAGAGGAAGGAGAGGAGCAGCGUUCUGAAAAUCUGAAUAGAAAUUUGCAGACCUUAUUAGAAAGACAUACAUCUUCUAGACUGGAUUUUGCAGUAGGAUUUCGCUUCCUCUUUGGUUUUUUAAAUGAAGGAAAAAGAAUGACCAAGUUGAAAAAAGAAUUUGGAUGGAAAAUUUCUCCUAAGAAUAAAGAGUUCUUAUUAGACUGGAUGAAAAAUAACAUUAAAAAGGGAAGUAUUGCUUCCCAUUUCCAAAAAGAAAUGUUUACUUACUUAUAUGAGACACAAGAUGACAAUUUUGUAAAAAAUGCAUUAUAUGAUAUCACUGAAAUACAUUAUCGGUGUAACUCAGGUAUAGAAUUGAUAAUCCUGGCCUAUUGUGUACAACACUGCCAGAAUUUGGAGGAUAUCUCUGUUCAUGGAGAAUUAUUUUCACCAGAAAAUGAGGAAUGGAAUUUGGAUGAAAGAUGUAUGGAAGACCUCUUUAAAGCACUGAUAGAGCUGAGAAACCUAAGAAGCCUGGGGUUUAUAGAAUGGUCCUUCACAGAGUCCAGCAGCAGGCAUCUCGCUGAAGUCCUCAGGAAAAACCAGAGGUUGAGUAACUUAGAGUUGACUCUUCGGAACACAGGUGACAGAGCAGUGGAAUUUCUGUUUAUGGGGCUCCAACAACCAGACUGUAAAGUAGAGAGACUACGUUUUGAAAGACUGGUGUUUACACAAUCCCUCAGAAAGCAUUUUGCAGAAGUUCUCAGGGAGAACCAGAGAUUGAAAAACUUAGAAUUGACCCUCGAGUGCACUGAUGACGAAACAAUGGAAAUGCUGUGUGAGGGGCUCAAACAUCCAGAAUGUAAAAUAGAGACACUACAGCUUGAUAUAGGGUUCCUGACCGAAUUCUGCAGCACGCAUCUUGCAGAAGUACUCAGGAGAAACCAGAGAUUGAGAGAAUUAUUUUUGUCUUUUGAGAAUAAAGAUGUCAGAGCAGUGAAAUUGCUGUGUGAGGGGCUCAAACAUCCAGAAUGUAAAGUAGAAAAACUGUGUGCUCGUGGAUGGUUCUUCACAGAGUCCAGCAGCAGGCAUCUGGCUGAAGUCUUCAGGAAAAACCAGAGGUUGAGCAACUUAGAUUUGACUUUUAAGCACACAAGUGACAGAGCAGUGGAAUUGCUGUGUGAGGGACUCCAGCAUCCAGACUGUAAAGUAGAAACACUACGGCUUGAUACAGGGUUCCUGACUGCAUCCCGCAGCUGGCAUCUUGCAGAAGUACUCAGGAGAAACCAGAGAUUGAGAGAAUUAUUUUUGUCUUUUGAGAAUAAAGAUGUCAGAGCAGUGAAAUUGCUGUGUGAGGGGCUCAAACAUCCAGAAUGUAAAGUAGAAAAACUGUGUUUUGAAGGACUGGUGUUUACACAAUCCCUCAGAAAGCAUUUUGCAGAAGUUCUCAGGGAGAACCAGAGAUUGAAAAACUUAGAAUUGACCCUCGAAUGCACUGAUGACGAAACAAUAGAACUGCUGUGUGAGGGGCUCAAACAUCCAGAAUGUAAAAUAGAGACACUACAGCUUCAUCUGUGGUUCCUGACCAAAUCCUGCAGCACGCAUCUUGCAGAAGUACUCAGGAAAAGCCAGAGACUGAGAGAAUUAUUUUUGUCUUUUGAGGAUACAGAGAACAGCGCAGUGAAAUUGCUGUGUGAGGGGCUCAAACAUCCAGAAUGUAAAGUAAAAAAACUACAGUUGAAUGGAAAAGAUAUUACACAGAAUGGAGAAUGGAAUGACGAAGUAAUGGUGUGUGGGAAUGACCUUGGGAGACAGGAGGAAGAGCUGCAGCCUAGACAAUAGUCAGACAAAAGGCAGCUGAGCCCACAGCAGGAAUGUGGAGGUGGCAAAUGUCUCAG